AAGUGUUGUCCUAUUCGUUUUCAGUUCGAAACACCGUCAGAGACCAGAAAAUUCAUUCACUCCCAACACACCCUAUCGCAAGCCAGAAACUACAAACAUAUAAAGGUCGGGGUGGACAAAACAGUCAUAGAAAGGCGCGCAUACAACUAUCUUGCUAAGACUAAUUGUGAAAUAGGUAAUAGGACUUUGCAAGCAGCCAUUAUUCCCAACCCUGUGAAAGAUACAGUAGACCCCACCGCAUCACCCCUCUCAAAACACACAGAAACAUCCCAUCAGAGUGCAACACCAGCCGAAAGGCCACUAGACUGUAACCAAAUAAAUAAUAAAACCAUACCACCCAUCACCGCAGAAUCUAAAAUGCCACUAAAUAACCCCAGAAAAAAGUUAAAACCCCCCGAAACUCGACUUUGUCCUCUCCUAGCCAUAAUUCCAUUGGUAAAGAUAAGGAAAAUAUGCCCCUAAAUCAUACCAACAAAAACAGUGGCAGCUUAAAUAAGCCCACACUUCCCACGGUCAAUAGUACUAGCACCCACAACGUGCUAAAUCGCACCAUGGCACACACUGAUAUCCAAUGUCACAACAAUGUCACCCUAAAUAGUACAAGUGGUAAUAGUCAGAACUCGGCUAUCAACAACUUAGGGUCUUCAGAGUAUGGCACACAAACAAAUUUUGACCGGAUAUAUGGUACAAGUCUGCUGGGAACUAACCCACAAUGCAGUACACAUGAAACCCACACAAGGACACAACUAGCAUCAAACAAUAGGUGGAAUAAUAAGCCAUGGUCAUCGAAAGGAUCCAAUCAUUUUUUAUCCCCCGCGUCCCUGUCAGCGUUGAAAAAACAGCUGGUAGGGAUGUUAACACUCCUAAACCACUAGAGCUGGCUCCCUCCUUGCAUGAAAACAGGAACGGUCUAGUGCACCCGUAUCCAUUAGGCACACUUGACACCUGCACAAAUAUAGGUCAAAUAAAGAACCCUACCCACUUCUGUAACCUGACUAAAAAUAAAAAU